AUGGAGGCAGACGCCGAGCUCUUCGCCACCAGCGAUUCCGAGAGCAGCGGCUUCCCCACUUCUGGUUUUCACACCUCCUACAAGAUGAACAUCGGCUGCUGCACCGCCCCGCCCGCCUCGCGCGCGCAGCCGUUCGAGGCGCAGGAGCAGCAGCCGCAGGAGCGCGACGCCGAGGAAGAGCAGGCAGAGGACGAGCUCCAGGAGGACUGCGACGAGGCCCCGCGAGGCCCCGCCUGGGUGCGCGAGGCUCGGCGGGAGGCCCGGUGCGCGUGCCGCGCAGCGCUGGCCGGGCGGUUGCUGCUGCUCCUGGCGGGUGCCGCGGCCGCUUUGAGCACGCAGCGGCGCGCCGGGCGGGCCUUCCUGCCCCCGCCCGCGGCCGCGCCGCGCGCCCUGGGCCCGCGGGCUUGCACGGAGGCCUGCGCGGGCGCGGCUGCAGUGGCGGCCGCCUGGGCGCCGGCAGCGCAGGCGGCCUCCACGAAGAUCGAGGAUGCCGCCGUGAGGUUUGCCGAGGUCAGUUAUCCCAUCGUGCAGUCUCUGAGCGCGAAGGACCUCGCUCCAGUGGCAGGCAAGGCCGUGUCGGCUGCAUUCACGGGCGACCUGACCAAGGUCGGCAAGGCAGCGGAUGCCGUGGUGCAGGUUCUGAUGGCCUGCGACCCGCCCAAGGUUGUCGCGGUCCUGAAGUCCGUGGACGUGGCCCUCCAGGCAGCGCUGAAGGACGGCGGCCUCCUGCCGCCGCUGGAAGAGGUCAAGGAGGUGUCCAGGGCAGUGGCCGACGCCCUGCAGAGCACGGAGAAGGCGAAGCUCAGGGCCCUCCUUGACACAUUCGUGGCGGCAGGCCUGUCGGGGAACCCGCUGGACAUCCUGGGCGUGUUCUCCGAUCCGUCGAUCGCGAAGCUAAGUUUUUUCAAGGACGUCCUGGCCGCUGGCGGGGAGCUCGGCAACCUGCUCAGCGCGGCGACGGUGCGGGUUGCAAACAGCACCCGCUGCAUCCGGUUGCCGCCGCAGGGCGCCAAGGGCGGCGAGUCCUGCCUGGUGCGGAGGCGGCGCCAGAGCUCGCGGUGCACGCCGCGGUCCCCGUCGCCGGAGCCUCUCGUGGAGGAGCCCGACGCCGAGCCCGAGUGCGGCGCGGCCGCGGUUGGCGAGACGGCGCCGCCUGGGACCUCCCGGGCAGGCGCCGCCGCCAAGCCGCUGUCCUUCGAGGUGUUGCGGGGCCUGGCCCUCGCUGCGCGCGCCCUCGUGGAGGACAGCGACUCGGAGGGCGAGGCGGAGGCGAUGCAGCGGAUCGGCGCCUGCGUGCGCCGCUCGGCGCAGCGGGCCUGA